AUGCGUCCAGACAGCAUCUUGGUCCUCGCUGUGCUCCUCAUUUCUUCCACUCUGGUAGCUGGAGAUGGAGUCAAAGGAUAUGAGAAAGAAGGAGUUUGCCCACCGGACAAUGUACGCUGCAUCAGGGGAGAGCCACCCCAGUGCCACAGAGACAGGAACUGUGAGGGUCCCAAGAAGUGCUGUUACUGGCACUGUGGCUUCAAAUGCGUACAGCCUGUGAAGGCGACAGAGGACAGAACUAUCUGGUCAUGGGCAAGAGCAACAGAACUUCUGAGUAUCCUCAUGUGA